GUGACAGGUCGCUUCAGCGGCGCGGAUCCACAUUUCCCUUAACUUCAAGGUUAAUUCGACAAAAGUGCGCGGGGCUUCCUCCUGUGACCAAAACUUCCCUAGGUGGCAGCAACCACGAGAGCCAAGAAUCUUCAUCUUCAAGCACAGCAUGCAAGAGCCCCCAUCACUGUCUCAACUCUUACGAGAGCGUUAUCUUGUGGAGGCUCGAUCCCAGCAGCACAAUGAGAUGAACUGCUCAGAUUCUUCCUCCUCGCGCCUUCAGAUGUAUGGGUCACUAAAAAGCAAGAUGGAGGAUUCUCUGGGUCACAGUGAUCCCCAAUUCCCUGACCUCUCAGCCUUCCUCAGUCAAGAGGAGCUGGAUAAGAGCGUAAACCUGGCCUGCCAAGCCAUUGGACACGGGCCCCAAGAGGAGAGAACAGACCGCAAAGCCUCCAUCACACCGUUAAGUCCCUCCAACAUCUCCCCAGCCUUGGAUUCUUCCUAUGAACCCCCAUAUGUUCCAUUGACCAGCCACUGUCCUACUUCCUUGGCUGGUCCUGCCACUGUGCCCUCCACCCAGCUAGUCCCUGAAUAUGAAGAUCUGCCACUAACAUGCGAAAAUUUUGCAUCUGAUGGGAAGGUGCUCAAAGUGUCCACAAGGCCGGAUAACAUAAUCAGUAACAGCAGAGACUCCAGGGAAGGAUUAAAUGACUUUAACAGGCCAGUACGGAAUGCCCCAUAUGGUCUUGAGACACAGUCUAAGAAGGAGUUCCUCAACAAGGCGGCAGACUUCAUAGAGGAGCUCUCCUCUCUCUUUAAGGCCAACAGCUCCAAACGGGUACGACCAAGGGCAUGCAAAACCUACAGAAGUAAAAACCAGAGCAAGGGCAAAGACGAUGAGACAGUUUUUCCUCUUGGUCACGAUAACAGAGAGCGCUCCGUCACGCCUGUAGAGGAGAAAAAAGACCGACCUAGCCGUUUUGUAAGCCACCAACCAAAGGUCCAGUUGGACUCUAGAGUUGGCCAUAGGGAGUUUAAAGACUGCAGGAUGGAAACGUACAACUGUGACACCUUUCCCCAGGAGGUAGAGAUGGAGGCUGACAGCUUAGCCUUGGCAGAAACUCCUCAUCCUGCAGAUCCUGUCUGUGAGCCUCCGUUUUUCAUCCAAAAACUGAAAAGCAGGGAAGUUCCAGAGGGCAGCAAGGUCCAAUUAGACUGUAUUGUUAAAGGAUUACCUGUACCUGAAGUCCGGUGGUUUUGUGAGGGCAAGGAGCUGGAGAACAGCCCUGACAUACAGAUCAUUACCAAUGGAAAUCUCCACUCCAUGAUCAUCGCUGAGGCGUUUGAGGAAGAUACUGGACGCUACUCUUGCUUUGCAUCUAAUUUCUAUGGCACUGACUCUACAUCAGCUGAGAUCUAUGUUGAAGGUGCCUCCUCUUCGGAUUCUGAAGGGGAACAGCACUUUGGACAAGUCGCCCUGUUGCAGAGGACGAACGUAUCUACAACAUCAAAUCAAACUCUCUCAGAAAAAGAAGCUUCUCCAUCAACCCAUCCUGCAUCAGCCACUGAGAGACUAUCUGAGCAGCUUUCCUCUUCAGCCAUUACCCAAAUAACUGCAGAGCCUUCUCAGACAGCAGCCACCAGACACCUUGUUCCAGAGCCUUCUGAGACACUGGUGGCAUCCAGGGCACUCCUUCCUCAGGAGGAGAAAACUGUGUUACCUGUGCUUGCAUUUCCUGAUCCGUCACUUGUGGAUAAAGAACCUUCCAGAGCCCAGGAGGUGUCAACCUCCAUCCCAGUCAAAUACACAACAUCUCAGGUGCUGACGACUGCACCGACAGCUGUGUCACUUCCUCUGACAUCCAUGGUUUCGUCUGUGCUACCUGUCUCAUCAGCUCAAACACCCCAACCUAAGAGUCAGACCUCCAACAGCUAUAUACAAGGGAUGAAUGGGCAGCCUUUAAUGGCAGCCCCUGUAUUCACAAAGGGCCUGCAGGAACUCCUUGCAUCAGAAGGCCAGCUGGUGGUGCUAGAGUGCCGUGUAAAAGGGCUUCCAUCACCUCAAGUGGACUGGUACAGAGAUGGAAAAGUCAUUCAGGACUCUCCAGAUUUUCGGAUCCUCCAGAAGAAGCCAAGAUCUCUGGCUGAUUCAGAGGAAAUAUGCACACUAGUAAUCGCUGAAGUCUUUCCUGAAGAUUCAGGAAGUUUUACUUGUGUGGCAAGCAACAAGUAUGGAACCAUAAAAAGCACUGCUUCACUCAAAGUCACAGCUAGUGCCAGCAACCAUAGAAGCCCUUUCAGCAGCUUUACUGUGGAGUGCAGUCAAAUCCAAGAACCCUCACAUUCAACUGCCAAUGCAAAUCUUCAACCCAAUGUUAACAUGUCCAACAGCAUCAAGCCCCCUCCUAGGAAUGCUCUCCUGGACACUCUACUCCCAGAGCCCUUCAAAAGUGGCAGUAUUGAUCCCAGCAGUUCCAGCAUGCUGUCUCAAGGUCCCCUGUGCACCAGUCUACCCAGUGUGGAUCACACUAGCCUGAGCAGCAGCUCAAGCCUAGACGGAGGCACCACAAACCCAGCUCCUUUGAACUUCCUCCAGGGCCCUGCUGAAUGCAGUAGAACAUGUCCAGGGUCAGAGAGCAGCAGCCAGCUUCUAUCAAACAACAAACACUGUUCUUCUCCGUGUGCAGCUGGGACCUCAACUGAGCAGAAAGUCUCCAGAUCUUCAAUGAUAAUUGAUGCAAACUACAAAAUUAAGGGGAACGCCAUCCAUCAGAACCCUUCCCCUAUUGUGCUGCCGCUUCCUGAUCCCCCUCCAAACUCUUGCUUAAAGACGGGGACUCCAUCAAACCAUAGAGAGUCCCGCGCAGCAUCCAGAGUUGGCCUGCGUGUGCACUUCAAACUGCCUGAGGAUGAACAGAGUGAAGGGUCAGGUCAUUCUGAUGAAGACGCCCCUCAGAUGUCAGUCAGCAAAGAACCACCGCCGGUGCUGGCUAAACCCAAACUGGAUCAAGCCCAGCUUCAGCUUCUGCACAACCAGGUUCUUUUGGAGCAGCAGCAGGAGACUGAACACCAGCCUCAAACCCAGCCCCCACUUCAGGUCCGAAUCCAGCCCGACAUCCAGAGCUCCAGUGAAGGUGUACUGCAGUCACCUGGAAUGCAACAUGAGCCCCAUCAGCAACCUUUUCAGCCCUACCUGAACACGCAACACCCCAAUCCUGCACCCCAGAAGCAGACGCCGAGCUCAUCAUCUCCACUGGCUAACACUCCCUCUGCUCCAUCUCUGAGUUCAGGCCCUGCACUUAAAAACACCGUUUCAAACCUUUUCAGUAUUUUGCCAUCUUCCCCUCUAAGCUCCCCGCCUUCCACUUCCCAGCCAAAGACUUUCUCACUAGCAACCCCUCCUCUGUCUGCCCCACAGCUGGAAAUAGCCCCUCCUCCCAGGACCCAGAUGAACACUCUCUAUGCCUCUAACCUUAGCCUCUCCCCUGCUGCUCUUGAAGUUCCCUCAACAACAACCCAGUAUUUCUCUCCUCCUGCACUAAAAUUGGUCUCUACAGAUUCAACAACAUACUUACAGCAAAUCACAUCACCCAUUCUCCAGAAAAGUACACAUACCUCCCUCUCUAAUUUGACCGCCACCUCCCAAGCAUUCAACUAUGCACGGCCUAAAGAGUUUAUAGCUGCUCAGACAUUCUCACCAGUCAGGAGUCCAUCCCCGAAUGAAUCCCCUGUCCCCCUUCUCCAGGAACUAGCUGCUGAGCUGAACUCCUCUGCAGCUAGCUCUCCUACACUACCAGUCUCUCCGCCACCGAGGAUCAUCCCUAUGAGAGUGCUUAGGUCUCCCACCAGCCCUGCUUCCUUGAUGUCCUCACCUCCCCCAGGGUCAGCACCUUUCCUAAACAACAUAUUCACCGUACCAGCCCAGUUACCACUAAAGGCUUCUUCUCCCACCUCUAGCAGCUCUACCCCCAGCCCCAUUCAAAACCCUGUUGCAUUCCUGAGCUCUGUCCUUCCAUCCCUCACCCCAAGUCAGCCCACAAACUCAAUGGGCCUGCCCAGGGGAGCUCCAAUAGGGCUUCAAAAAAAGGUUUCCAAGAUUCGCCUCCCAUCAUCUGAAGACUUUCAUGAACGCAGAGAAGCUGCCCCUCCCAACUUUGAGAAAAAGGUUGGAAGCUUUCAAAGCAGUAAAGAGGACACGCCAAAUUUACCACUUCAGCAGAAGCUGAAUUAUGAGUGGAAAACAGGGAGCAGACCCUCUGGACCAAACAUACCUGCUACUGUGUUUAACUUUGAUGAGGAGUACAGAAUCUCAAGUUUUGAGCAGAGAUUAAUGAGUGAGAUUGAGUUCCGUUUAGAGCGAACCCCGGUGCAAGAGUCAGAUGAUGAGGUGCAACAUGAUGAUGUUCCUACAGGAAAAUGCAUCGCUCCCAUAUUUGAAAAGAAACUGAAGAAUUACAAAGCCAUGGAAGGUGUGCCGGUCACGUUCUCCUGUAAAGUGGUUGGAAUCCCCGUUCCAAAGAUAUACUGGUUCAAGGAUGGCGUUCAGGUCUUGAGGAAUAACGUUCACUACAAAAAGAUACGAGAGGGUGAUGGGACUUGCACUUUACAUAUAGAGUCCGCAACCAAUGAUGAUGACGGCAACUACACUGUAAUGGCAGCCAAUCCACAGGGACGAAUCAGCUGCUCAGGUCAUCUGAUUGUCCAAACGGGACCUCCCAGAAACCGAAUGAUACCUGUCCAUCCACAAAGGGUGCGUGCCAGGAUACAGGAAGUUGAAGGUGAGCAAACCCAGGAGCGCUUUUUACAGCCUCAUUUCCUCCAAGCCCCAGGUGACAUGCUAGCUCAUGAGGGAGGACUGUGUAGACUAGACUGUAAGGUGAGUGGCCUACCCACCCCAGAACUCAUGUGGUUGGUCAAUGGGAGGCCAGUCUAUCCAGACCUCUCCCACAAGAUGUUGGUGCGGGAGAAUGGCAUCCACUCUUUAGUCAUAGAUCCUCUGACACAGAAUGAUACUGGGACAUACACCUGCAUUGCAAGCAACAAAGCAGGGCAGAGUUCUUUUAGUCUAGAACUGAAAGUACUAGAGAAGGAGAUGAAGCACCCUCCCCAGUUUGUGGAGAAACUGCAGAACAUGGGUAUUCCUGACGGCUCUCCGGUAAGACUGGAGUGUCGAGUGGUGGGAAUGCCCCCCCCAGUAAUCUUCUGGAAGAAAGACAAUGAAACAGUUUCUAAAACUACAGACAGAGUCAUCAUGAGCCAGGAUGAAACAGGAUACGUGUGCCUCCUCAUCCAGCGGACAACCAAAGACGAUGCUGGGUGGUACACAGUUUCUGCAAAAAACGAGGCAGGAAUCGUGGCCUGUACCUGCAGGCUUGAUAUCUAUGCCCAGUGGCAUCAGAGCAUCCCUGUACCACAGAGAAAGUCUGCACUCACUGGCAGCCGCUAUGCUGCUUUGACAGCUCUGGGGAUUGACAUCAAGUCAGCCUGUCCAACGCCAGAGUCCGGCCCUAUUGUUUUCUCCAGCUCUCCUCCUGAGGCCAAGGUGGAGAGUGAGGAGCUUUGAGCUUAAUACAGACCAGAGGACUCUUAGCAGUUUGUACCCUGAUCAUGGUCUGAAAUGUGGGGAGUAAGCAAGAAUGAUAGUACAAGUGGAUGUCAUAUUAUUUGUGAUAAAAUACGUUCAGGGUGUAACUGCAAUGUAUGUUUCUUUUAAAGCUAUCAACACUGAAUCCCUAUCUACUCUAGAGUUAACAGAAUAAGACGGAUUAAAAUGUCUUAAGCCAUCAUUAGUUACACUGUGGUGAGAAGACUCAUUUGUUUGUUUGUUUUUCCUUUUUUUUUGUGAAGCUGAAUGUUAACAUCUGUUGGUUAUUGCUAGUCCUGUGAUAUCACAUAGAUGUGUACUGGUAGCAAUGCUUUCUUAAAAAGUUGAUAACAAAAUUAGUUGUAAGUUAUUGUUCAUCUCCAGAGAGUGUUUGAGUAAAUAUGCUUAAAGAUCACUUUAUUUCAAUGGCUCCUUUAAAGUGAGCUUCUUUCUACAUUUAACCCGUAAUUUAUUGAUUUUAUGUUUAUGCAUGCCAAAUACAAAUAAAUCGCUGUGAUGGUUUAAUAAUGUAUCCCCAACAUGCUGUGUUGGCCUGUAGUCUGUAUUAUUUGCUGUUAAAUCUCAUUCUUGGUUAGAGCUGAAUCAAACUAUACUUUUUUUGUUUCUUUGGUACUAGGAUGAACGAUGAUUCAUGUGAUAUUUUAUUUAAAAUUCUGUUUAAUAUAGAGCGCUGUGAAAAAGUAUUUGCCCCCUUUCUGAUUCCUGAUGUUUUUGCAUAUUUAUCACACUUAAAUGUUU